AUGGUGCUCGGAGUGGGACUGCUGGUCAACGCGGUCCUUGUGGCCAUCCCAGUCGGUGGUAGCGUUGGAGCACUCAUGGGCAUUGACGCCCACCGUGCUGCCACAGGACAGAAGCCUCUCUUUACUGGAGGAACAAACGACGAUGGCACUAGCACCGGCGGUGGCAGCACCGGCGGUGGCAGCGAUGCCAUUCCCCAUAAUAAUGGCAUUACAACUGUUCAACAUUGCGAUAUCUCAUAUGGAAUCAUCCCACCUUCAAAGACCGAACAAUUCACACUGAAUCCCAAUCAAUGGGGUGUGACCAAAGCCUCAGACGAGCGCAAAUUGUGUAUGGAUGUCCAAUUCUGGAACAACGAAACUUACCCUACCAACACUGCUCCCGAAUUCUCCGUUACCUGGCAAUUCGACCCCAUGUCCUCCACCGCGCCCGUGCACGGAUAUCCCAACAUUCGCAUCGACGAUGUCUUGCCUAAGGCAAUGGAUGAAGUGUCGGAGCUGAAUGUGGACAUUCACUGGACCUAUGGAGUGGGCGAUACACCAGCGGAAACCACCGACUUCGAUGCACUGACAGAAAUCAAUCUCGCUACCAACGUUGCCAUCGAUAUGUUCUUGGACAGUGACAAGGACAAGGCUGAGAACGGAACGCAUGCCCAGUACGAAGUCAUGGUGUGGUUCUACAUGUCUUCUGUGAUCUCCCAGCCUUACGGUUGGGGCAAGCCAGGCGUGAACAGAACCAUUGACGGAACAGAAUUCACACUGUACGCUGGUACCAAUCUCCAGGGCACGAACGUCUUGUCAUGGGUCGCAAACCCGCCCAUUACAGGCGCCGUGGAGAAGUUUACCGGUGAUAUCUACCCUCUGAUCACCGAUCUCUACGACCUGAGUGGUGAUAUCUACCCCUCAAAAAGCGAUUAUCUUGGCAGUCUGAGCUUCGGAACGGAGGUCUACUCCGUGGACAAGAACGUCACCUUCUGGGUCCCCAAGUACGAGAUUGCCAUCAAGUCUUGA